GAUGCAAAGAAAAUGCGACAGGAUAUGAUUGUGCAAGCCACAGAACUUAGCCUGUAAGCAAGGUUCAGAGUGUGCCUCAUGUGUUCCUCUCAUUCGUCCGCUUCCAUGCUUGCCGAUGUCUUCGAAACUGGAAGAUUCAGUACCCAGCUUCAAAGCAUCGAUUCAGCCGUAAAUUUUCCACCUCCGAAACCGCUUUUGAUCGCAACGCCUCUUGAAGCAGGAGAUUUCCCUCUGCUCUUGUUCCUCCAUGGCUACCUUCUUUACAACUCCUUUUACUCCCAGCUUAUCCUCCUUGUCGCUUCUCAUGGCUUCAUUGUCAUCGCUCCUCAGCUAUACUCAGUGGCUGGACCGGAUAUAAGCGAUGAGAUUCACUCUACGGCUGCAAUAACGAAUUGGCUAGGUGAAGGGCUCUCAAAAUAUCUUCCUCCAAAUGUAAAACCAAAUUGUAGCAAGAUAGCACUUGGAGGCCAUAGUCGUGGAGGCAAAACAGCUUUCGCUGUGGCUCUUAAGAAACUAAACACCACCACAAAUCUCAAGUUCUCAGCCUUAAUAGGCAUAGACCCAGUUGAUGGAAUGGAUAAAGGAAAACAGACCCCACCGCCAGUGCUCACUUACAUACCUCAUUCUUUUGACUUUGAUAUGGCUGCCAUGGUUAUUGGAUCAGAGUUAGGCGAACUAAAGAAAAACCCUUUGUUCCCCCCUUGUGCACCUAAAGGUGUGAACCAUAGGGAAUUCUACGACGAAUGUCCCAAACCUUCUUGGCACUUUGUUGCAGGGGAAUAUGGUCAUCUUGACAUGCUGGACGAUGAUACAAGGGGAAUUAGAGGCAAAGCUACGUAUUGUUUUUGCAAGAAUGGAGAGUCCAGGAAACCUAUGAGAAGGUUCGUUGGUGGGGCUAUAGUUGCUUUCUUGAAAGCUUACCUUCUAGCUGAUGAUCAAGACUUAAUUGCUAUCCGGGACAGGCACCUGAGUAUGCCACUGGAUCUCAAAACUAUUGAGUGUUAUGUUUGACAACAUUUCAUGGUAUGAUAAAUUAACAGGGCCUAUGUGAGACUUUCAUGUAUAAUAUUAUUAUGCAGGUUUUCUGCACUAGUUUGAAUCUUCACUGAAAUUAAUCUUCAGUCCAUUGCAUACAGAUUUUAUAAUUGAAAUUACGAGUUAUCAGCCUU